GCCCCACUCUCACCAAUGGAAAUCGGAGACAUGAUAGUGAGCCUUUUUCUCAUUGGCCCAGUUGCGAAGCAGCCAGGUCUUCUCGCGCCAAGGCGGAAGUUGCACGGAAGCCGGAACUCACUCCCAUCCCGGGGUCUUAGGGAGCUGCCAUUCGCUAUCAUGGUGAGGAAGCUUAAGUUCCACGAGCAGAAGCUGUUGAAACAGGUGGACUUCCUGAACUGGGAGGUCACUGACCAAAACCUGCACGAACUGCGCGUGUUGCGUCGUUAUCGGUUGCAGCGGCGCGAGGACUACACGCGCUACAACCAGUUGAGCCGAUCCGUGCGGGAGCUGGCGCGGCGCCUGCGCGACCUGCCCGAGCGCGACCCGUUUCGCGUCCGCUCCUCGGCUGCGCUGCUGGACAAGCUGUACGCCCUUGGCCUGGUGCCCACGCGCAGCUCGCUCGAACUCUGCGACUUCGUCACGGCCUCGUCCUUCUGCCGCCGCCGCCUGCCCACCGUGCUCCUCAAGCUGCGCAUGGCACAGCACCUCCAGGCCGCCGUGGCCUUCGUGGAGCAGGGCCACGUGCGCGUGGGCCCCGACGUGGUCACCGACCCCGCCUUUCUUGUCACACGCAGCAUGGAGGACUUCGUCACCUGGGUUGACUCGUCCAAGAUCAAACGGCACGUGCUGGAGUACAAUGAGGAGCGCGAUGACUUCGAUCUGGACGCCUAGCUGUCUUUCCUCCCCACCCCCUCACCAGUGCCGCAUUUUAUAGACUGGAGGCUGAGACCGGAUGCUGGAGAUUCUGUGAAUUCGCUUUCCCAAGAGUGUGUCAACCGGUUCUUAAGAACUUGGCUCCUUAGCUGCAGGCCACGCUUACAACCAAAGGGUAUGCUCCUGUUAUUUGAAAAUUUCCUUAGCCCUUGGACUAUUGAUAAUUAAAUGUCUGCCUUGAAACAAUGGGAAGCGGUUUUGUGCUAAGCUAGGAAUUGUUAGAUUAUUGUACCUUUAAUAUUGCAGUGUGGCCCUAACCGGUUUGGCUCAAUGGAUAGAGCAUUGGCCUGCGGACUGAAAGGUCUUGGGUUCGAUUCUGGUCAAGGGCUUGUACCUUGGUUGCGGGCACAUCCCCAGUAGGGGG